CACCAUGGCAAUGCAUACAGUACUUCACAGACACAGUAGAAUGCUGUCCCUGCCCAGAGAGCUUACAACCUAGGAGCAGCAGCACAACCAGAGGGACCACAGCAAGGUGGAAGAAGACACAAAGUAAAGAAGUACAGCAAAUAAGAUCAUUGUUUGUUUCCAUUUCAGCGAGGUAGGAUUUUACACAAGACAACAGCAAAUGCAGACAAAGGAGAGCAGUGACAGCCCCCUGGGACACAGCAAGGUUUUCCCUCAUCCCAGAACCACGGCUGCUUUGGGAGGCUGGAAGCCAGGCCACCACCUCUUUCCAUCAGUACUUGUGCCUCUCCUGAGAGGCAGCCCUUGCGCCUGGGUAGGCAGGACAGGGGCUGGGCAGAGCACAGAGCUCCCGAGCCGGCACGCACACGUGCAGCGAGCGCGCCAGGGACCAAGGGACCGUAUCUGCUGAGGGAAAACGUGCUGCCGGGCAGCGCGGAGGAAGCUCCCGGGGCUGCCCUCCCGGAGAUGUUGACAGGACGGAGCUCCUCGGCGCGGCGGGCCGGGACCGGCGGGCAGCCACAGGCACCGGUGCCCAGCGAAUACGGAGAGGAGGCGGCGGCGGCGACAACUCUGCAGGCUGGACGCGAGGAGUCCGGGGGCAUGGUCUAAGCGGGGCGGAGGCCGGGCGAACCCCGCGCCCGGGCAGGUGUGAGAUGGCUGCCAGCAGCUGCCUCCUCUUCCUCCUGCCCUGGCUGGUCACGGCCUCACACAGCCCACCUGGCUGCAAGAUCCGGAUUACCUCCAAGGGACUGGACCUGGUGAAGCAGGAGGGGCUGCGCUUUGUGGAGCAGGAGCUGCAGAACAUCACAGUGUCGGACCUGCACGGGAAGGAGGGGCAGUUCCAUUACAACAUCAGCCAGGUCAAGGUGAUGGACCUGCAGCUGGCAUUUUCUGACCUGUACUUCCAGCCUCAGCAGCACCUUGUCUUCAACAUCAACAAUGCCUCCAUCAGCCUGCGCUUCCGGAGGCAGCUGCUCUACUGGUUCUUCUAUGACAUUGGGUCCAUCAAUGCCUCUGCAGAUGGCGUCCACAUCCACACAGUGCUGCAGCUGGCCAAGGACGAGGCUGGACGCCUGAAGAUCUCUAACAUCACCUGCAACGCCUCCAUUGCCAGAAUGCAUGCAGGCUUUUCUGGCACACUCAGGAAGGUCUACGAAUUCCUGAGCACCUUCAUCAUCACAGGGAUGCGCUUCCUCCUCAGCCAGCAGAUCUGCCCGUCCCUGGAGCAUGCCAGCCUGGUGCUGCUGAACUCCUUGCUGGACACAGUGCCAGUGAGGAAUUAUGUGGAUGAACACAUUGGGAUUGACUACUCCCUCCUGCGGGAUCCAGUCGUCUCCACAGACACCCUCGACCUAGACUUCAAGGGCAUGUUUUUCCCCCGUGCAAGAGAGAACCAAGAGCUGGAGAACCACGCGGUGGAGCCGGUGAUCAAGGAGACCGAGCGCAUGGUCUAUGUCGCCUUCUCCGAGUACUUCUUUGACUCAGCCAUGCAUGCAUACUUCCAGGCGGGUGUGCUGGCCAUAGAGCUCCAGGGGCAGAAGGUGCCCAAGGACCUGGAUGUUUUGCUGAGAGCCACCUUCUUUGGGACCAUCUUCAUGCUGAGCCCCACGGUGGAUGCUCCCCUGCGGCUGGUGCUGCAGGUGUCUGCUCCCCCCCGCUGCACCAUCAAACCCUCAGGCACCUCCAUCUCCGUCUCUGCCUUCCUCAACAUCUCAUUGGUGAUCCCGGGCCGCCCUGCCAUCCAGCUCUCCAGCAUGGCCAUGGAAACAAAGCUGAGUGCCAAGGUGUUUCUGCAAGGGAAGGCGCUGCGGGUGCAGCUGGACCUGCGACGGUUUCGCAUCUACUCCAAGCAGUCCGCACUGGAGUCACUAGCGCUGUUCUCACUGCAGGCCCCACUGAAGACCCUGCUGCAGCUGACAAUCAUGCCCAUCAUUAAUGAGAGGACUAAAAAGGGGGUACAGAUCCCACUGCCAGAAGGCAUGGACUUCACCAAGGAGGUGGUCACCAACCAUGCGGGAUUCCUCACAGUGGGAGCCGAUCUCCACUUCUCCAAGGGACUGCGGGAGGUGAUUGAGAAAUACCACCCAGUCCCUACCACCCCUGCCUACCCCAGCUCAAGGCCUGCAGAGCCCAGCGUGGACCCCCACCAGCUCUAGCACUUCUCCCCCACUCACACCUUCACCCCGGACCGAGGGCAGAUCCCGGGCUGGACCCGUAGACUGUAGGUAGGAAGCAGCUUCCCCGGUACCACUGGCACGUCCUGCAGGGCACCUGUGCCCUGGCAGAUAGAAGCAGGGUGGAGACAGCCAUUCUGGGAAUCCCUGCUGCGCCCCUUCUCAUUACACUAAUAAACCACUCUACUCCAA